AAUCUGACCAACAUUCUUGUGCCAAAAUUGUUACAGGCCCAUGCUGUAUUGAUGUAUUGGUUCUGAGCGAGGACGGGAAGUUGCUUAUGAUGUCAUCACGGAAGUCUGGGUUUUAGGCCUUGUUUCCCAAGAAGGAUGCAUCAUGUGACUUGAUUUGCUCAAUAACACAGCAUGUGAAAUGCAUACAUCGUGCUGACAUGGUCAUAGAUGUCACAAACAUAAAACACUGAAACAUUUAGACAUGGCAACUGCUUAUAAAAGAACUUUGGAUGACACAACACCCCAAGCAUGCUUCAUCGAGGGUUUCUUUGUAAAAGAUGGACACACGGAAUUUGUUAUGAAGGUUGGAAGAGGACCAAAUCCAGAAAACAGAUGGGAGGUUCAACACAGAUAUAAUGACUUUGUUACUUUGCAUUCAAUAUUACAGGCAUCUGGUUUUGAUUUACCACUCCCACCCAAAAAAGUUUUUGGCAAUAUGGACAGUGCAUUUAUUCAAGAAAGGAGGGCAGGUUUACAGCAAUAUAUGGAUGCAAUCAUGUCUAACAGAGUUUUAGCAAAUCAUAUCUCAGUGAAGAAGUUCCUAGACCCAAGAAAUUAUUCAGAUGAAAUCGAAAAGGUCAGUCAACAGCAAGCUGCCAUGUUUUUCAGGUCAGAGCCAAACUGGGAACUUGCUGAGCCACUGCAUGAUCUUGGAUGGAGGAUAAGGAAGCAGUAUUUUGUAAUGAAAUCUAAAGACUCUUCAAAAAACAUCAAAAGGAUUUUAUCAUGGGUAGAGUAUGGUCCAGAUAUGGUGUUAGAUUUUGAAACCUCUAUCCCUGCUCUUCUUCGACAAUUAACAACAUUACAGCACCCCUUUAUAUAUCCUGUCGAAUACGCAUCAUGCACAAACAAAGGCGCCACAAUAGUUAGAAAUUUUCAUCCAGCUGGGUCGCUGAAGGAUCAUCUAUACAAGGCAAAACCGUUGACUUCCAAUGUAAAGAAAUACGGAGGGAAAGUCCGAUGUCCUCUAGAGUUCGCUGAUGUUAAAAGGUGUGGAAGGCAAAUUCUCGAGGCACUGAAGUUCCUUCAGGACAAAGGAUGGCCAUAUGGACACCUGCAUGUCGGCAAUGUUUUGGUUGAUGGGCAGUCUUGCAGACUGUUGGAUAUAGAAAACGGUCUGCUUGGUGUGCCCUCCAUCUAUCGUUCAUAUAUCUUAAGUAUGAGAAAAAUUCAGGACAUGGAAGCUUUAAAUGUUUACUGUUUUGGACACCUUCUGUAUGAAAUAACAUUUGCAGAACCACUCAACACAGCUACAUUAGACCAGUUUCCCCCGUCCUGCCCACCCCAGAUACAACCCGUUCUUCAUUCUAUCUUGAGCUCAUCAGCAGUUAAAUCAGGGCUGCCUACGAUCGCAGAACUUAUUUCAAAUCCGCUUUUCUCUGAUGUUCCUGUGGUCCUGCAGGAGAAACCUUCACUUAAGGUCAGCAAAUUGAAAGAAUCCUUAGCAGAUGCAAGGGACGCUAUCGAAAGCAGAAUUAAAGAUGACCAGAGAAAGCUGAGGCAGUUCUUAAGGCUAUCAAAGGCAAAGUCAGAAAUAAUGUCUGAAGAAGAAAAAAAGAAGCGAAAAAAGUCAGUUAAAAAGAAACAACAAUCAUUUGAUGAAACAGCGAAGCCUAGUUCUGCACAAAAUUCAUCGAAACGAAAUUCUGUCUCUUCGCCUCCACCUCCUCCUCCGCAGUCUGCCCCCGCGCCACCUCCUCAACCACCAGUCGCUCCUGCACCGUCACAACCAACUGCACCUACGUCAUCGAAAGGGCGUGGCCAAUUGCUUGACUCAAUAUCAGGAUUUAGCAAAGGAAAACUGAAAAAGGCGGAGACAAAUGACAGGAGUGCUCCAAAGGUGUGAUAAUCCAAGCAACGGUUUGAAAAUAUCAAAAAGUUUUAGAAGCGCGCGUGUGAAUCCGUACUGGAAAGUAUUCGAAGUUUUGUUGCUGAUAGCAGAAAGAUCUUGCUCCGUUUGAAAUGUUUACCCACUGCACGUAAAGAUAUGAUUAUAAGUUACGAGGAUGUUGGUCGAAUUUUCGGCUAGCUGGACAAGCAGAUGAUAGCCAUUUUGUUUCGUGUCAUGUGACAUUUUGUUUGGUACCGCAAACAACCAUAGGUCCAUCCUAUGAUUUGUAUUGGUAUUUCUUUUAAUUUUACCAGCUAUAUAUCCUUUUUGUAAAUGUUAACUGACAUUUUCUCGUUCUAAGCAUCAAAUACAAAUAGGACCUUGCUGUGGUAUGAUUAAAGCUAAUAAAUCAUUGGUAAAUUUUCCCAUAUGGCCUCUAAAAAGUUUCAUAUACUUACCAUGAUAGAUGUUCUAUUGCCCCCCCCCCCUUGUAUUUCUUCAUGUCCCUUAAAAAUGAAAUUUAGUCAAUUCAACGAAAAAUAUACAUGGAGAUGAAUACCUCAAUUUUUUCCUACUCUGGCAGUGGUUUUUAAAGACUUCGACUCCUAUCGUGUCCAAUCAACAUAAUAUGGUAUAAAAUAGGCGCCAACUAAAAAGGGGUUGAUUAUACAACUUAAUAUGAGAGGGACUUAUUAGCCACACUGCCAUAUUGAACCUCAUUUAGAGAACUUAGACAAUCGGCAGGCAGGACAAUAUCCAUAUUUCUUAUGUACUAGUUUGCAUAAAUCAAUAAAGGAAACCCUCUCUCUAAUUUAUUUUUCAUGAUCGUUGUUUUUAUCCCCGAAGAUAUAAUAACUUAGAAAAAAUUGACAAACUGGACAGCCACUUUCAACUAAAGUUUGCUCUAAUUUCCAAAAUGACUGGCUGUACCAUAUCAACAGAAAAAACGGCUAGCUUGCUGUAAUUAUGAUCAAAAUGCAAAUCGUUUUGGAGAGGCUCAUGGAAAUAUAAUUGCAUAGAUGAUGUAUUAUGUAAAUGGGUAGGGGCGUACAUUAUACUUCAGUUGUUACGACUUUCCGGUUAUUGCUGCUUAUAUUUGGACACUAUGUGUUUUCAUUUGUUGUAUCCGUUGUGCUGGUAGAGUUAUUUUCGAGAACCUUGUUCCAGUUGCUGCGAGGGAAUAAUUCCAUUUAUUUUUUCUGGAAGACUUCAUUAUCCACUUCGUCAAGUGAAAGUAGUGCGACGGAUACUGUGUACUUUCAGAUCAAGCGUUUUGAUUGCAAUUCCGUUUCAGCUUAGCCUUCAUUCAAAUAACUUAGAUAAACGAAUUAAAGAUUAGAAUAUUUGUUAAAUCCUAGCGUUAAUAGUUGAAUUAUUGAAUCAUUCACAUAUUUAACCAUACUUAGUUUUGCCUAAACAUAUUUUGCCAUUUAUUCUUUCAUCGUAGACACUCUUUUAAAAGACUUUCUGCUUUAUAUGCUUGAAAUUUUGUGAAUGUUCAGAAGUUACGUAGAGAAUUUAUGGUAUGGUCACCUGUCCCCCGUGCUCACGAUCAUUAUUUCACUUAAAAGCGUCUCAACCUAUCUUCAAAUGCAUUUUGCCCUAUAUGCCUCCAUUGAAAUUUUCCUUGUAUUUGAAUAUAAAAUUGUUUGAAAUGAAAUUUAAACUAUA